ACUUUUGUUUACAUCGUUCCAUUUUACGAGUAGACUAGAGCAGACAAAGUUUCUGAUCUGAUGUUUUAAGAAAUAACUUACCUAUGAUUAUAAUUUUAAAACUUAUUUCCCGGAGUAAAUAUUCAUUAAUUACGCAUAAUAGUCUACGUUUAAAUUUGUUUUCAAUUUCUUCUCAUUUUUUUGAUCAUAUAGAAUUUAAAUUAUCAUGACCUAAUCUUUCUUAUUUAUACUUCCGUGAUGACAUCUUUAUUUAAACUUCUCAAAGUUAAUUAAGAUUUUGACCUUCAAUUUUCCAACGAUUCUAAUUAUAUUCAUUGCCUUUUUCAAAGUUUUUAAUUUUAUUCGCAUUAAAAUGAUUAUUCGAGAACUUUUUAACCGAAUUUGCCAUUGGGGGCCUAUGAUUGCUAUGAUAAUAAUAAACUGUAUUACGUUUUCAACGCUUCAAGUAACUGCUAUGUGGCUUCCCUUCUUUUCUUCUUUAAAUGCUGCAGCGUGUCAUAGUUUAUUUUUAUUUCUUGUUGGUAGCACUUUGUACAAUUUUUUCUGUGCCAUGUUCAUUGGUCCUGGCUACGUUCCUUUCGGUUGGACCCCAGCAGAUACUAAUGAGUGUAACUACCUCCAGUUUUGCUCUUUAUGCAAAGGAUACAAAGCACCGAGAGCUCAUCAUUGUCGUAAAUGUAAAAGGUGUGUGAUGAAAAUGGAUCAUCAUUGUCCGUGGAUCAACAAUUGCUGCGGUCAUCGCAAUCAUAAAACAUUCACAUUAUUCCUCAUUUCUGCAGUCUGUGGCUGUGUUUUGUCAUCAGUUCUUCUUUUUCUUGGUUUAUAUCGUGCUUUUCAGGUGAACUGGUACUUUUUACAUGGAGAUAGAAGAUAUGUUGUUUAUCUUACAAUAUAUCAGUUAGGCUUCACUGUAUUUAGUCUUGGAUUAGCUCUAGGUGUUGUUCUAGCAGUUGGUGGUCUAUUUUAUGUCCAGGUAAUUGCUUUUAUCUAUUUAUUUUUCUUGGUUUUGCAUAUCUAUUCCUAGCCAUUUUGUUAUAUC